UUUCGGGAUUGUUAAGAUAUCGAUGCUUGCAGCAUUCUUGCAUUGUCUUCAGAGGUAGACAAAGCCAGAAACAGAGAUACAGAUUGGGAAGAAACAUAUUCAGAUAACUGAUAUACAGUGGAUUUGAUAAAGAGAAAAAACACUUUUCUACUAUCUUUUAAUGGAAACAAUCACUGACAAAUCCAGAGAUCAGUCAAGAAACAUGGAUCAUAACCCUGUUUCAGCUAAGACACAAGCAGAUAAAGAUCUUGUAUCAUCGAUCAAAGAGAAGCUUGAAGCGGUUUCAUCUUUGAAAUCCAUCUUCAGAGUCCCAUUGAAACUCCUAGAAGUAAAUGAGAAUAUGUACAUCCCUGGCACAGUUUCUAUUGGUCCUCUCCAUCAUGGCAAGGAUGGUCUAAAGUACAUGGAAGAUCGCAAGUGGCAUUACCUGCUCACACUGCUGAGUCGACAACCAAACCAGUUAGAGUCAAGUUUGCACGAAUGUGUGAAUGCACUGAGCGAUUUAGAGAAGCCAGCACGAAAUUUUUAUGCAGAAGAACUGAACCUCAGAAGCAACCAGUUCAUCGAGAUGAUGCUAGUUGAUGGGUGUUUCAUCAUUGAGCUUCUCUUGAAAUAUGCUCUAAAGGGUAUAAGACGUAGUGGUGACCCCAUAUUUGUCACGCCAGGGUUGCUCAAUAAGGUUAGAUGUGACCUUAUAUUGUUAGAAAACCAAAUACCAUUUCUCAUUCUUCAAAGGUUGUUUCAAAUUGUACUCGUUCAAGUACAACAUGACCAGACCCUGACCCUCUCUGAGCUUACCUUUCGUUUCUUCAGAAAACAGUUGCCGGGGGAUAGAGAAUUUGUGAAUGAGAUGUUUAGCCAAGAGGGUUACCAUUUGCUUGACCUGAUUCGCCAGUGUUACCUUCCAAAUUAUGCAAGAGUAGUGUCCAAGAAAAGUGUAUCUCAAGGUGAUCUUGAGUCGGCAACAAAGCUCAAGAAGGAUGGGAUUAAGUUCAAGAGAUCCAAAGCCAAGUGCUUACUAAACUUGAAAUUUUCAAAUGGGGUGCUUGAAGUUCCUCCCUUCACACUCCAUCAUUUCACGGAAAUGCUAUUUUCCAAUAUGAUAGCAUUGGAACAGCACCAGAAUGAUAGUCAGCCUUUCACAUCUUAUGCCCUUCUAAUGCAAGCCAUGGUGUGCACUGAAAAUGAUGCCAAGUUGUUCCACAAACUAAGGAUACUGAUCAUGAAUAGUUACCCUGAGAAAGAAGCUUGUGAUCUGUUUAAGAGGCUUUGCAGAAAAGUGGAUUACGAGGAGGAUAAGUUCUAUUUUGCAGGUCUGAUUGAACAAAUUUUGGAGUAUAAAAGAGUCCCGAAAUCAUGGAGGAAGAUAUUGAAAUGCAGCUGGCUUAAAACUCGUACUACAUGAAUCGCAUUAUGCAAAUUUGGAGGAUGUUGGUUGUUUACUUGCAUAUAUCAAUCAAUCUGUUGCAUUAUAUCUUGGAGUGCUAAUGCGGAUAAUGUCUUCUGAGGUUUUCAAAGAGAUGCCUGAAGUUAAAUAAAUAUAUUUUCCUUAAACAAUAUUUCUUUUUCGAUUACCGAAAACAACAUAUACCUGAAAAUAGACCUCCUUAAACAAAUAUAUAAAGAACCAGAGUUAAUGUCAAAUAUAAUUUUAAGCAAACACAUAAAAGUUAAUUAGCACGUGUACGUCCCAUUUGAAAUAGAUGCCUUCAAUCUUUAUAUCUUAUGUGAAACUUGACUUUGGUUUUCCCCUACUUUCAAAGUAUUUAAUAUUUUUCAUUUUUGAUGAUGAUCCAGUAUUUAAUUUUUUAAAAGAUGUAUUGAUUAGUAUUUAUCUUUUGCAAGCUUUUCCGAGGUGAGGAGAAAAUGUAUCAGAACCAAGAGAAGUGCCACCUGUCCCAGUUCAUCCAUUCCAUCCAAAUAUGAAAGUAGGAAGAGGGGUCUUAGCACGGAGUAUGCUGAUGCAAUGCAGCAGUUCAUUUUUAUUUUUUUCUUAUACAUGGUCAUUGUGAAAAGUACAAUGUUGUUUGUUGUUUCCUUCUAAUUCGUUCAAUUGAACGAUAGCUGUGGAUGUUCUUAAAACAGUUAAAUCGCUCCACUGCUCAAGUGUCAAGUGUGGCGAAUUUAAGAUCUAAAUAAGACGUUAUUGGUUACGGCUGAUUUUGAAACGAGGAGAGAGAGUAGAAAUCUUUUGGUGUUUCGGUUGAAUAGAUUUUGCAUGUGGGUGUGUGUUACUCUAUGAUGGUUUCUCAUUUAUGUUGUUUAUUUUGUUUUUAAUUAACAUUGCAAUGUAGAUGGUUUUAUUAG